UACUGUAAAAAUGGGAUUCAUCAGCGGCAUGAUCAUUGGUAUUAUGAUUGGUAUGAUAUUGGUUGUCGCUUUCGCUCGUCAAGAAAGUACUCGAUCCAAGCGUCGCACAGAUUUGGCAAAGACAAUAGCAAAGUUUGCGAGGAUGACAGUGGAGGAUUCGAGAAAACUUCUACCUCCAAAUUUUUAUCCAUCAUGGGUGGUAUUUACUCAAAGACAAAAGUUUAGUUCAUUAAAUUGGCUUAAUAGCCAUUUAGAAAAGAUUUGGCCAUUUGUCAAUGAGGCAGCGACAGAAUUGGUAAAAAGCAACGUCGAACCAAUUCUUGAACAGUAUAGGCCAGUGGUUUUGUCUUCUCUCACAUUUUCAACGUUUACACUCGGUAAUGUAGCUCCACAAUUUACAGGAAUUUCGAUUAUUGAAGAGGAUAGUGGGCCCAAUGGAGCAACAAUGGAGUUUGACUUGCAGUGGGAUGGUAACCCGGAUAUUGUUCUUGCCAUUAAAACCAAAGUUGGUAUUGUAUUACCUGUGCAGGUAAAAAAUAUUGGAUUCACUGGGGUUUUCAGGUUGAUCUUCAAACCUCUUGUAGCUGAAUUCCCUGCUUUUGGAGCCGUAUGUUUUUCUCUAAGAAAAAAGAAAGCUUUGGAUUUUACUCUUAAGGUUGUUGGUGGUGAUAUUUCAACCUUACCAGGGGUAUCUGAAGCUAUUGAGGAAACAAUUCGAGAUGCCAUUGAAGACUCUAUAACUUGGCCAGUACGUAAAGUCAUACCAAUUAUACCAGGAGAUUAUAGUAACCUAGAAUUGAAACCCGUUGGAACACUAGAUGUAAAACUAGUGCAGGCAAAGAACUUAUCAAAUAAAGAUAUAAUUGGAAAAUCUGAUCCUUUUGCUGUGGUAUUUGUACGCCCACUCCGUGACAAAACCAAAACCAGUAAAAUAAUUAACAACCAGUUGAACCCAAUAUGGAAUGAGCACUUUGAAUUCAUUAUUGAAGACGAAUCAACACAACACUUGACCAUAAGAAUCUUUGAUGAUGAAGGCAUUCAAGCAGCUGAGCUUAUUGGUUGUGCCCAAGUUUCCCUAAAGGAACUUGAGCCUGGUAAAGUUAAGGAUGUAUGGUUGAAAUUGGUUAAAGAUUUAGAGAUCCACAAAGAUAACAAAUAUAGGGGUGAGGUACACUUGGAGCUAUUGUAUUGCCCAUAUGGAGUUGAGAACACUUUUAAGAGCCCUUUUGUCCGUGAUUACUCACUAACAACGUUUGAGAAGACACUGAAGAAUGGAGCUAGUGAUGGAGAGGAAGAAGAUAACUCAAUAUCAUCAUCAUCAUCAUCAUCACGGAGGAAAAGCAACGUGAUUGUAAGAGGAGUUCUAUCGGUCACUGUAAUUUCAGCUGAAGACUUACCAAUAGUAGAUUUUAUGGGCAAGGCUGACCCAUUUGUUGUCCUUGCAUUGAAAAAAUCAGAAAAGAAACAAAAGACCCGAGUUGUAAAUGAAACUCUAAAUCCAGUAUGGAAUCAAACAUUUGACUUCGUUGUGGAGGAUGGAUUACACGACAUGCUAAUUGUUGAACUAUGGGAUCAUGACACCUUUGGAAAGGAAAAAAUGGGAAAAGUGAUCAUGACACUAACCAAGGUCAUAUUGGAAGGGGAAUACGACGAAACAUUUAUUUUGGAUGAUGCUAAAUCCGGAAAGAUUAAUUUGCAUCUAAGAUGGACUCCACAACACAAGUAUCGGGAACCUUAAUAGACUUCUUACAUACACAUUUGACUGGAUUUAUUUCUAUAAAAAUGAUUGUUAAUAUUUUUUUUUUAAAAUUAUUUAAU